UAUUGAAAUAGAGUUCUCUUCUAACGGAGUUAAAGGACAUAUAUUAGAUAUCAGUGAAUUUUAUUAUGCGUGUUAUAUACGGUAUACGAACAAAACGAAAGUACAAAGAGAGACAACAUGCUAACAAUUUUUAAUUGCUAUUUAUAGAGACAGUUCAUUUCUCGCUGUCAGAGAUUUUGUAGAUCGAUCUCAUAAACCAGGGUCGAAUAAACGCAGACUUUAAGGAGGUAGGAAUUUCUCAUUCCAUGUUGAAUGUCAUUCUGUCUUGUUUCAUGUUUCAAUAAUGAUUAAUAAUAUGAUUCUAUUAUCUCCCAAUCCACUUUCGUUUUAUUAAGUAAAGCCAAAUGUGGUACUGAUCCGUGAACAGUUUAAUUGUGUUGAGGGCUGUAUACCUUAAUAUUUCAAUUAUUCGCAAAUAUAUAACUCAACAAACAAAAUAUAAACUACAAAAUUGAUUAUAUCUUUCAACAUAAACUUUGAAAAAUUCUUAUCACACAGGAACAGACCCCAAGGAAGUACUAUCGUUGUGUCUUUCAAUAAUACAUCGCUUUAAUUUUGUGUACAAUAUUGUGAUAAGAGAACUCGUAUAUACAUAAAGUAAAAAUUCUGUGAAGUUAGGACCAUUUUUGGUAAAGCUGAACAUAUGAACUCUCAGUCGAAGCGAAUUGUGUAGGGUCAAAUGGCUUACUCAAGACCUUCCAAUUAUGAUGAUGAAGAUGAGGUAGAGUCUUGGUUACAGAGAGUGCGCGAAAGGGAUGCUCUCAUUGUGUACAACGAAGAUGAUGAGUAUGAAGUCUUUAAAACUGUGCUGGAUUAUUUCAAUUCGCAUGGGCUGAGCUACGCCCUUCCUCAGAUCGAUUAUCCAGGAGGCAAUGUUAUGCCAUCAACAAGCAAAGCCAUACAAAAUGCUAAGAAGGUGCUGCUUAUUCUCUCUGAAAACAGUAACAAUGCCAAUUUUUCUCUUGAGACAUUUCUUGCUCUAGAAAAAUGUUUGAAAAAUAACAAGUUGUGUCUCACAAUUCUGACUCUCCGUGGGUUCGAACGCAAAAACAUUGCCAGCAUUCCAAUGCUCCAUAAUGCAACGAUAGUAGAACUAGACUACAACCGGCAAGAAAUAUGCUUAGAGGCUGUAAUACGACAUAUUAAAGAUGAUGACAGUUGUAUGAAUGAAUUGAUCCCAGCAGGAAAUUUUGCAACAGGAUUAGCUUGGAGCCACUUCACUGGAUAUCUGAAGAUCAUCCUUCCUGAAAUUGCAACUCUGAUUCGAGAAAGCACAUGGUAUAGAGAAAAUCCAGGAAGAUUCAUCGAAAAGCUAUUCAUUUUGCUCCCAAGUUCAGGAAGAACCAUUCCACUGACCAAUGAUCCAAGGAUUACUGAAGUUGGUAAAUUGUCAUUGAAAGCAACAGUAGAUGGAUCUCCUCGUGAAUACAAACCCGCAGUUUAUUGUGUGUCUGCGAAUGAUAACCAGCGGUACUAUUGUUGUGCGGAAAUUCCAAGUGCAUUUGGAACAAUUGGAAAGGUGUUCCAAGACAUUUUAGAACACAUUACCGCCCAACAAAGAGUGACUGAGGUGGAAAGGUUUUAUUACAAACUACAGGAAAUCUUGAAUCACCAGCUGAAUGACAAAGUAAACGGCAAAGUAGAGGUCAUUAUGUAUGAUGACGAACAAAAAGAUGCAAGCGGUACACCUUCACAUCAGCUUAUAAGGCGUUACGAAAGAGGAGCUACGGAUGAGCAACCUCCCAAUACAUCUGAUAGUAAACGGAAAUUCGAAAAUGACGUUUGCCUACUAUAUGCAAAUUGUGAUUCUAAUCAUGCCACAAAAGUUAGAGCUGCUCUUCAAGACAAAGGAAAGAAAGUUGUUAAAGUACAACUACCGGAUCAGAACUUGCAUGAGACAGAACAACGACUGACAUCAGCUGCGUGGGUCGUUUUAUUCAUGUCUGAAAAUGCAAUGUCGAUGUCCAAGUCCGAGUGCAUGCCUCUAUGGAUGGCAAAUAUUCUUAGUUCAAGUUUAGAAGAAAACGAAUUACGUGUCAUUCCAGUGUUGAUAGAUUCAGACCCCAGAAGUAUUCCCGACUUCAUCCGUUGGGUGACAUAUAUAAGUAUUCAGGAGACUGGCUAUCAGGAGAGGAUAUUGGAUAUCAUCAAUGGCAAACCAAUUUCUAUGAAGUCGAUGUCACCCGUUGGUAAUGUAGCAUACGGAUUGGCAAUGGCCUUCUUUAUGAAUUACCUGCAGUAUGCCCUCACAGAAAUACCUAGAAGAUGUAAAGAAAAACUGAGGCAGAUCAGCGCGGAUCCGACGAAAUGCGUUUGCAAGGUCUUUGAGUUCAUUCCGUUGUCUGGAAAGACGCUUCAAAGUCUUGAUCAAAUUGAGACUGAUAAAUAUGGUAUUGAAAAAUUUGGAUCUGUCUCUCCUGUUCAAGGGCAGGUGGAGGGUGUUCGCAGACAAUUUAAUGUGAAUAUGUACGGUAUAUAUAAGAAAGCAGGUCCAAAUGUUUGUAUAGAAUAUUUUAUCGGAGAAUAUGCGGCACCCCUGCGUACUCUGAGACAAAUGCAUGAAUCAUUCAUUGCUGGUUUAAACAACCAACAGUUCACGGAGCAAAUCAGGCAGUUUAAAGAGGAUCUUGAUGGUAUAUUGCGAGAGGCCACAAACAGCAGUCUGUCUGAUAUUAGAGAUGCCUGCGUGCCUAUUCUUUAUGAUGACAAAGAAGAAAAUCUCAUCGAUGUUUUAAUGAGAAAAAUUCCAAAAGUGAGAAAUUCAGCAAAAGUUGCAGGAAGAUUGGGAAGAAAGCAGUAAAUACAUAUUGUGUUAAAUUGCGACUUUCAUUUGAAAUAUCAUUUUCAAAUUUUGUUAUCCGACCAUGGUUCCGAAUUGUCAGAAGUUUUAUCUUAUUUUACUGACCUCGUCUUGACAGGAAUGAUUUAUAAUGGCAGUACCUGACUAUGUACUCGUGUGGAUAUUAUGUAGAACUGAUACGAAAAGAGUCAGCAUUGAAUACCGAGUGGUAGUGAUAAUUCUUUUCCUUUCGAUUUUAUACAUGUAAUGAAAAAUUGUCUGAAAACCCUAUAAAUCAAAAUGAACAGGUUUGAUAGUAUGAACCUUUGGAUAUUUACAAGUUGAUUGAAAUUGGUUGAAUUAACCUACUAGAAUUCACAAAUACGUGACUUACGAUGCAGCUAAUUCAAGGUCUUAAGUGUGAACUUGCAUUACUGUUGUUCUAAUCAUGUAUUUAUUCAAUAAAUUAAUGGGAUUAGGCAGAAGGUUUAGCCCCUACAUGUAUGAGCCCUCUCCCUCAUGAUCGAGGAAGACAUUUCUAAAAUUGCAAAAUAUUUGUAAUAAAUUUUACAUUUCAUUCAAGGAA